AUGAAGAUUCAAUUUAUUUGCACAGCUCACAAUUCGCUUUCUCAACGACUUUUUCUGGCACUCGCCAAGGACCAUGAAGUCUCUGUUGAGUAUGCACUAUCCGAUAGUGUUAUCAUCGAGGCUGUUGGGCUGUAUCAACCAGAUCUGAUCAUCUGUCCCUUCCUAACGGCCCGCAUCCCUCGCGAGGUCUACGCACAUUACUUGACCCUUAUUGUCCACCCAGGGCCACCUGGAGAUGUUGGGCCGAGUGCUUUGGACUGGGUGUUGAUGGGGGACGACGGGUCUGAGGCUGACUCCAACAAGCUGCUCAAGGCGCAGUCGUUGAGCGACUCGGGCCGAAAGUACUGGGGCGUAACCAUCUUGCAAGCCAUCGAAGAGUUCGAUGCGGGUCCUGUCUGGGCAUUUGACCAAUUUCCAAUCGAUAUCGACGAUCCUCAUGUGACAAAGUCUACUCUCUACCGAAGUUCUGUCACCCAAGCUGCAGUUACGGCUACAGUAGCCGCCGUGGGGAGAAUCACAGCCAAUCUCAGCCCUUCGGAUACAACAAAGUCGGCUGUUUCCCCACACAUGGUCGCCGACCCUUCGUAUAGGGAACUCUCAGUCACUGAUAAGCUGCCUUUCCAAGGUGGAACAACGCGCCACAGGCCGCUCCUCAAGGCGGCACAGCGCGCUUUCAAUGUCAAUGAGCACACGGCAAAAGAGAUCUCUCGAAGAAUCAGAUGCUCCGACUCCCAGCCGGGAUGUCUUAGCACUGUGUUUGGACCCAGCCUCUAUGUCUACGGAGGCAUCAUCGAAGAAGGCCCGUGGGUUCGAGAAGUGGACACCGCUCCUGGCACUAUAAUCGCCUCUCGAAAUGAGGCAGUCUGUAUCGCGACCUGCGAUAAAAAGGGCGUGUGGAUCACACACUUGAGACGCCUGAAAGGAAGAAAUGACGCCGCUUUGUGGCCCAAGGUGCCAGCGACAACUUGCUUGCAGGAUCUCAAGAUAAUGAGCCAGGAGAAGCUCCAGCAGUUGAACGUCCCAACUCCUGAUGACUGGUCUGCGGCAACCUAUCCCACAUUGCAAGAGAUCUGGGUAGAGUUUGCUACUGUUGGGAACUCGAGACUUGCAUACGUCUUCUCAGAGUUCUACAACGGGGCAAUGAGCUCUAGCCAGUGCUCGCGGCUGAUUGAAGCUUUUGAGUUCGUUCUAUCCAAACACACAGAGGCAGAUCCGCUUACAGCUGUGGUGAUGAUGGGUGGUACUUCAUACUUCAGCAACGGAAUCCAUCUGAAUGUGAUUGAGACUGCGGCUGACCCAGCCCUCGAGUCUUGGAUUAACAUCAACGCAAUCAACGACGUCGUGUUUUACAUUCUUCACGAGUUCCCAAAACGGAACAUCCUCACAGUGGCUGGUGUGCGAGGCAAUUGUGCCGCUGGAGGUGUUGCAUUCGCUGCUGCCUUCGACAAGGUCAUCGCUGGCUCCGAGGUGGUCUUGAACCCGGCGUAUCGCGCCCUUGGACUCUACGGGUCCGAGUAUCACACUCUAUCGUACUACAAGCGGUGCGGCUCUUCUGUUGCGACGUCAUUAGUCCGUGACAUGUUGCCUUUGUCGUCAGCUGAUGGCGAGCGAAUUGGCUUGGUGGAUUAUGUGGUGCCAGGUCGUGGUACAAAGCUCACUGAAGGUGUGCGCAACAAAGUCGUAGAACUGCUAGGGUCGCAUGAAAUUGCUUCUCCCAAGUGGAAAGUAGGCGUUGAUUUCUCUCUCGCAGCGCUGACACGGGUGCGCGUCGCUGAGUUGGCCGAGAUGGCAAAGGACUUCUGGAGCCCGAGAGCCUCACGCUACCACAACCGCCGGUUUGCUUUUGUGCGCAAGGUAAAGCCCAGUGCGACGCCGGUGAGGUUUGCGACUCAUAGACGACAUCUGAACGGCAAGACUCAUUUGGAUGAGGAAGAAAAGGACGAGUUUGAUUUGGUUGAAACAUUCGAGAGAAAAUCACAGCAGGCGAUGGAAGCACAGUCAUUUGAAAGGCUAGUUCAGAAUCGUGGGAUCAUUUUCCCUUGUCUUUAUGAGACUCCAGUCACGGUUUAG